AUGGCGGAGAAAAACAUGGAUAAAUGUUUAUGUCCAUGUGCAAAUUGUAUAAACGUAAACGGUCAUGUUUCAUUGAAUCUUGUCGAAAGGCAUCUAUAUAAAUAUGGAAUGGCAGGAAGUUACACGAUAUGGAAACAUCAUGGAGAAGUUGAUCAUAAUUCCCAAAAUCAGCCUAAUCCAAGUUCCGCCAACGUUGAUAUUGAUGAUGAUGAUGAUGAUGAUGAUUAUGAGGAUGACGAUGAAAUAGUUGAAAUGAUACACACACAAAUCGAAUCGAUACGGUUGGAUAGUCAAGGAGAAGGAAUGGAUACUGGUCGUGAUGAUAAGGGUGAAGUAGAUUUUGGAGAGUUUGCUGAGUUAUUAAGUGAAGCCAAAGAAGAAUUGUAUCCUGGCUGCACAGAUUUUUCGUCAUUGACGUUCCUUAUAAAGUUGAUGCAUAUCAAGGUACUAAAUCACAUGAGUAACAAGUGCUUUGAAAUGCUCCUCCAACUGCUGAAACUAGCUUUUCCAAAAACCAAUAGGAUUCCGAAGUCAUACUAUGAUGCCAAGAAGAUGCUUCGUGACUUGGGAUUGGGUUAUGAAUCAAUCCAUGCAUGUAAAAAUGAUUGUGCACUCUUUUGGAAAGAGCACGGUGAAAGAGUUGAUUGUCCUGUUUGUCAUGAGUCUAGGUACAAAAUUGACGAUGGGAAAGGCAAGAAAAUCCCGCACAAGAUAUUGCGAUAUUUUCCAUUAAAACCUAGAUUACAAAGGUUAUUUUCAUCAAAACACACAGCUAAAGAUAUGCGAUGGCACAAGGACAAGUAUGACCAGAAAGAAGGAGUUUUGAAGCAUCCUGCUGAUGGGGAAGCUUGGAAAGAUUUUGAUAAUCGGUAUCCAUCGUUUGCACAAGAUCCGCGUAACGUUCGACUUGGUUUGGCCACCGAUGGAUUUAAUCCUUUUGGAAACAUGAGCAAAUCAUACAGUAUGUGGCCGGUGAUACUUAUACCUUAUAAUCUACCUCCUUGGAAAUGCAUGAAGGAGCCUUUUUUCAUGAUGUCAUUACUUAUUCCUGGCCCACAAGCACCUGGCAGAGAUAUUGAUGUAUAUUUGCGUCCUUUGAUUGAUGAACUGAAAGAAAUGUGGGAUACUGGUGUGGAAACUUCUGAUGCCUCAAGUGAAAAAAGUUUUCGUAUGCAUGUAGCUGUGUUGUGGACCAUUAAUGACUUUCCAGCAUAUGCCAAUUUGUCUGGAUGGAGUACAAAAGGGUAUUUAUCUUGUCCUGUUUGCAAUGAAGAUGAACCAUCAAUUAAAUUGAGGAGAAAGAUAUGUUAUAUGGGCCAUCGCCGAUACCUGUCCCCUGAUCAUAAGUGGAGACAGAGUAAUCUUUAUAAUGGAAAACACGAUUAUCGGUCUCCACCUAAGAAGUUUACAGGAGAUGAUAAGAAUCGUAAGCGUUGUCCUGAUGAAUUGAACUGGGUAAAGAAGAGCAUAUUCUACGAGCUUCCAUAUUGGAAAGAUCAUUUAAUCAGACAUAAGCUUGAUGUGAUUCAUAUUGAGAAAAAUAUAUGUGAUAACAUUGUGGGAACAUUGAUGAACAUUGAAGGAAAAACAAAAGAUACAAUGAAAGCUCGUUUAGAUUUGGAAGACAUGAACAUAAAAAAAGAGCUGCAUCUUAAACGCGUGGGAAACAAAUUCAUAAAACGUCCUGCGUGUUAUACUCUGUCACCAGAUCAAAUGAGAGAUUUUUGUAAAUUCCUAAAAUCGGUGAAGUUUCCAGAUGGUUAUGCCGCUAACAUAUCAAGGAGUGUUAACGUUAAUGAAGGAAAGAUAUCCGGUCUCAAAAGUCAUGAUUUUCAUUUUUUAUUACAAAGGCUACUCCCUGUCGGGAUUCGACCUUACCUGAAAAAAGAUCUGUGCACUCCCUUGAUUGAGUUGUGCAAUUUCUUUCAUGAUUUGUGUGCAAAGACAUUGACUGUAGCUCACUUGGAUGAACUCGAAAAAGCAAUACCGUUGAUUUUGUGUAAGUUGGAAAGGAUUUAUCCACCUGCCUUUUUUGAUGUCAUGGUUCACCUAGCUGUUCACUUGCCACAGGAAGCAAAACUUGUUGGACCAGUAGGUUAUAGCUGGAUGUAUCCAAUUGAAAGGGCAUUGGGGACUCUUAAGCGUUACAUGAAAAAUAAAGCUCGUCCAGAGGGAUCAAUUGCAGAAGCUUACAUAGUUUGA